UAAAAAUUGAAACGAAGAAUAUUGCUAAAAUUUGGUAACAGUUAACAGCACGCCGUCACAUACUAUUUCAAUAUUACUAACAGACCAGAAACACCGAUUUCGUACAGAAGCCGACUUUCUUCCGCCCUUUUGCCCCUCCCAGUUGGCUGCGCCACCGCAAGUCCACCACCGCUGCGAUAUCCAUCAGUGCAGCAGACGCUGCCGUAUUCCAAACGGCAGCCACCUUUCGACCAAAACCCCUCAAGAAAUUCAACUGGAAUCACUCAUUUUUACCAUCGGAAGGCCUACGACGACUUCACCAUGCCGGACCAAACUCCCCUUGAUAGUAAUCACCAUCCAAACCAGCGGCCCCCUGCAUCUACCUCCGCGCCGUUGCCACUGGUAAUGGAUGGGUUGGAAGAGGACGAGAGGCUAUCCAAGUCCGAGGUAUUGACCCAACAGGAGGUACUGAAACGCCGGGUCCGCCGGUUGAGGCAACUUUCCAAGAUCUUUCGGGAACUUUUUUGGUCAAUGAUGGAAGAAUUGAAGUAUAAGCACCGGGAGUAUAUUUGGGAGUACGGAAAAAGCCCUUAUCAAGAAGACGAUGAGCACAACAAUAAUAGCAGUAAUAAUAACAAUACGAUUGCCGGUGUUAAGAGCGAAAACGGGGAGGCCAGUUUCCAUGAAAACCCGGAUACUAAUCGUAUUUUUUCCAAUGGAGGGGCAAAUAGGUGCGGGGUUCAUGGCUGUAAAUCAAAGGCGAUGGCUUUGACCAAAUUCUGCCAGAUGCAUAUUUUGUCCGACGCCAAACAGAAACUCUACAAGCCUUGCAAUUAUGCCAUUAAAAGUUCGCCCACGGGACCGAUCUUGUGUGGUAAGCCAAUACUGAGGUCCAUUGUUCCUUCGUACUGCACUGCUCAUUAUCAGAAGGCUGAAAAGCAAGUUGGAAGGGCUCUUAAAAAGGCUGGUCUUACUGUUUCUUCGACGAGUAAGCUCGCUCCAAAGUUCCAUGUCAUAGUUGCAGAAUACGUUCGCCAGAUCCAAAGCAAAAGAAGGGUUGCAAAAAAGGCUGCUCUAGAGAAUGCCAGUCCAAAAGAAGACGAUGUUAUCAGCUGUUAAUAAUGUCAUACUAAUCCUUUAUGGUUGAAAACUUUGGGAUACAACUGCAGUUAACCAUAUCCCUUAUCUUUGUUCAAAUUCACAAGAGCCAGUUUCCCAAGUUUACUUACCCGUAGUCGUUUUUUAGGUUUGCAAUUAGUUUCUUUAACUGCCUUAUUGAUCGGCAGAAAGCCACCAAUCUGCAAAGUGUCAGCUGCGAUGGUGUGGCAUAAAGAUUAUGCUCCCGUUGAAACAAGCAUAUCUGUGACUCGACCAGUCCUUGCGUUUAUUGUAAAUGUAUCAAAUGUCUCGAUAAAAUAGAUUUUAUUUUCCUGUCAUUUGUGAUGCGGAGUGCAUUAAUUCUUGAUUCUUUGUGGGUCUUGCAGCACAUUAUUUCUUGAAUUCGAGAUACAGUGAUAUAGUUAAGAAAUAUGGUUGGGGUGGAUGGUUUCAAAAAUUAAUGUUCGUUGAAUGGUGUUCGGUAAUUAUUUUUGGUUACGGCACAGAAGUCCAUAUCAUAAACUCUUCUUUUUUC